GGGGAAUUAGAUCCAUACCACGACAAGGAGACGCUGGUGUGCGAGAGAGGAUAUAGUUUAUAGGCUCCAAAUUUAACUGGGCGAUACUGGAUUUACUCCUCAACAAGGCCUGUGUUGUGCGUAAAAGCGAACCGGGAUCUCACGCCCCUUCUCCGAGUCCAGAUCUCAGUAUGAACUCCCUGAAUUUCUGCGGACCGUCCCGUGGAGGUGUGUAUCCGCUGCACGGUGUGAACUCCUUGCUGUUGGACCUCCACCAGCAGAUGGCGGAGCAGUACCACGUUUACUCUGCAGCCAGCCCCGCAGUGCACACUCUUUCUGUGGCCGAGAGGCUGGCAGAGCUGAUUCUGGAGGCUCGGUACGGCAACCAGCAGAAGCAGCGCCGCAGUCGCACAGCAUUCACAGUGUCACAGCUGCAGUCUCUGGAGAAAGCCUUCCAGCAGACACAGUAUCCAGACGUCAGCAUGAGAGAGAGGCUGGCUGUGAACAUCAACCUGCCUGAGGCUCGCAUACAGGUGUGGUUCAAGAACAGGCGCGCAAAGUUUCGUAAAGGUCAGAGGUGUUCCCCGCUCUCCAGAGAUCACGGUCUGGAGGAGGCGUCACAUCAACAAAAGGUGGGACAAGAGGAGAGGACAGAGGAAAAAGAAGACAUCAGCAAAUCACCUGCUGACCUCCCUCCUCACUGCUCUCCUACUCCUCCUCCUCCUCCUCCCCAUGUGAACACAACCCGGGACAUUUGCCCUCCUCUGACUCCUUCAGACUCUGAUGUUGCACGUUUCUCCCUCUGCCUGCACUCCCCUCCGCUUUUCCCCUUCAUGGCAGGAGAGCGAUACAGCCACCCGCCUCACCAGCCUGUCGUAGGCGUUCUGUCCACCGAGCUCCCCCUCCCCCCGGUGUUCUGGCCGGUCAUACAGCAGCACGGCUCCGGCCAGGGGGUUCCUCCGUUGUCGGUUCGUAAAAACUGCAGCUUCUCCCUUUAGACUGCUCGUUCAGGUAAAACUGUGCCUCACCCUCACCUGGGGCUGUAACUGGAGACCUCAACAGUCCAGGAUCUCUGCUCCCUAUGGACUCAGGUAGACCUGAAACAACCCUGCAGUGUCGGGCCAGGCAGAGGGAUAAGGUGGAGAAGCACUUAUUGCCUUGUUUCUUAAACCUGACAUUAAACAGUGAACACAGUUUGUUUUCUCUAGUGAGCUUCAUGAAUGUCUGUCAGUUUAAAAGGAUCAGAAGCUGUAAAGUUUUUUAAAGUACUUUUUUAAAACACAAAGUGUAAUUGGGUCUGCUUAAAUCACUUUAAGGGGUUGGUUUUAGUUGGCAAGAUUAGCGAGCUGUUGACAUCAUAACAUUUGGAGUCCAAACAGAACAACAACAGUUUGUAAAGACACCAUCGUGUCCUCCAGCAUUAUUUAGCCAGCCCUAUACGUGUGAGUGGCAACACAGUGAAAACAACGGUGAAGGCUUCUGACGUAGGAUUCUUGUUGUUAAUAAAAGUUCAGCAUUGACAUGACAUGUGAAAUAAAAUUAUUUGUA